CCCCUGGACUGAGUACACGAAACCCGCGGCCCAGAAAGAGGAGGCGCGUGCGGAUCCUCGCGCUGGGGGCACCGAAGGCGCGAGCAUUUAUUGAGCCCCUGCUGUGUGCUCCGAGGGGCCAGCGUUUGUCUCCAGGCUACGGGCGAACCAGAGGCUCCGAGGUUGGAAGUGAUCGCCCCGAUAUUGGAAGCCGGGAGUCUCCGGCUGCGGGUCAGCGCUUCCAAGUCGGUGACAAGUGAAGUUCAGGGCAGCAAAGGGGGUUCGAGCCAACAGCGGCCGGAGCUGCCAGCCAUUUGAAACUGAACCACCGCAGAAGGGGAAGCAGAGGGUGAAGGCCUGGCCCCGUGGGGGCCGAUGGCCGGCAGACGACGGAAUGGGCACUGGGUGCUGUGCUGGCUCUGUGUGCUGCUGAUGGUGGACAGAGUGUCCGUGGCCAGUGGCCUAUCCACAGGGGCCCACACCAGCCCCCCAUUUCCAGCCUCCCCUGUGAACCAGACCCCCGUGGUAGAUUGUCGUGACGUGUGUGGCCUGAACGCUUCUGACCGCUGUGACUUCGUCCGGACCAACCCUGACUGCCGCAGCGAGGGAGGCUACCUGGACUACCUGGAAGGCAUCUUCUGCCACUUCCCCCACAGCCUCCUCCCUCUGGCCAUCACCCUCUAUGCUUUCUGGCUGCUCUACCUCUUUCUGAUUCUGGGGGUCACUGCGGAGAAGUUUUUCUGCCCGAACUUGUCAGCGAUUUCUACGACGCUCAAGCUGUCCCACAAUGUGGCAGGCGUCACCUUCCUGGCGUUUGGCAAUGGUGCGCCCGAUAUCUUCAGCGCCCUGGUGGCCUUCUCGGACCCACACACGGCCGGCCUGGCCUUCGGGGCCCUGUUCGGCGCCGGCGUGCUGGUGACCACCGUGGUGGCGGGCGGCAUCGCCAUCCUGCGCCCCUUCACGGCCGCCUCCAGGCCCUUCCGCAGAGAUAUCGUGUUCUACAUGGCAGCCGUGUUCCUGACCUUCACCGCCCUCUACCGCGGCCGGGUCACGCUGGCCUGGGCCCUGGGUUACCUGGGCUUGUAUGUUUUCUACGUGGUCACGGUGGUUCUCUGCACCUGGAUCUACCGGUGGCAGCGGAGGCGGUCCCUGGUCUCCUCCAUGCCAGCUACUCCAGAGAUGCUCUCCGAUUCCGAGGAGGAGGAUCGGGUGUCUUCUACCACCACCAGCUAUGACUACCGGGAAGAGUACCAGCCGCUGCUUUUCUACCAGGAGACCACGGCUCAGAUCCUGGUCCAGGCCCUCAACCCCCUGGACUGCAGGAAGUGGAGGAACAAGCCGGCGUACUGGAGGGUCCUCAAGGUGCUCAAGCUGCCUGUGGAGUUCCUGCUGCUGCUCACCGUCCCCCUGGUGGACCCCGACAAGGAAGACAGAAACUGGAAGCGGCCCCUCAACUGCCUGCACCUGGUGAUCAGCCCCCUGGUCUUGGUCCUGACGCUGCAGUCGGGGGCCUACGGCGUCUAUGAGAUAGGCGGCCUCUUUCCCGUCUGGGCCGUAGUGGUGAUCGCGGGCACGGCCUGGGCUGCAGUGACCUUCUUUGCCACGUCCAACACCGAGCCCCCCAGGUUUCACUGGAUCUUCGCCUUCCUGGGCUUCCUGACCAGCGCCCUGUGGAUCAACGCGGCCGCCACGGAAGUGGUGAACAUCUUGCGGUCCCUGGGCGUGGUCUUCCGGCUGAGCAACACCGUCCUGGGCCUCACGCUGCUGGCCUGGGGGAACAGCGUCGGAGAUGUCUUCUCCGACUUCACGCUGGCCCGCCAGGGCUACCCCCGGAUGGCGUUCUCCGCCUGCUUCGGCGGCAUCAUUUUCAGUAUCCUUCACGGUGCCCGGCCUCGGCGCAGGCCCACCCUCAGGGCUCUGGAGCCAGAGGGCCUGUUGGUGUGGGUCUUGGCGGGCGCCCUGGGCCUCAGCCUCGUCUACUCCCUGGUCGCAGUCCCGCUGCAGCGCUUCCAGCUGAGCAAGAUCUACGGCGUCUGCCUGCUCCUCUUCUACGUGAGCUUCCUCGCCGUGGCCCUGCUCACCGAGUUUGGGGUGAUUCACUUGGAAAGCGUGUGAGUGGAGCUGUGCGCCGGGCCCACCUGGUGGCCGGGAGGUGUCACUGCAGGCGGUGCGCUGGAAGAUGGAUGAGGAUGGAGACCGAGGCGCCUUC